CGGAUGUGUAAACUAUGAGCAAAUAUGUAGCAAACUCAAACAAAAUAGUUGUAAAGCAAUCGUAGAAAAUGACUGAAGUCGUGCAAAAUAUUCGGCGAAUACCAAAAUGUUCGUACGAGUAGUUUCUUGGAAAAUAACUUUAACUUUUUUCGUUACUUUUUGUUUUCACUGUUUCGCUGAAGAUGUUUUAUUUCGUAAAAAUCUCGAAACAUUAUAUUUCGAGCAGGGAUCCCCAUUAGUUACGAAGCAAUUUGUUCAAUCUUUAGCUUUUGCCAACACUUAUACAUUGUUUCCUCGCUACACAGUUUUGGAAACUGAGUUUAACAAAACCGAGGAAAAUGUAUACGUUAAAAUCGAUGACAUUCGAACGACAACAUUUCAUCUCUACGAAUCACGAUUUCCAGAUUUUCCGAAUUACAAGAUUUUCGUUUCAAAUACGAGCGUGGUGAUGAUUGGAAAAUGUAGGAAGGAGAACUCUUGUAAUAUAUUAGAAGAUUGCAUUGAAGGAGUAAUUGAAGAUGAAGAACAUAAUGAAAAGCAAUCACCACUGCCAGACAAUAUUGUGUACAUCUCUUGGAAAAAAACAUCAUCGACAAUAUUUCUUCUAGUUCAGUUUAAACAAAAAAUAACAAGAUGUGCCGAUUUUAAUAAUCGUAUUGACAUCAAGAGAGUAGUUGUGCAAGGUGAUAGGAAAAGAAAUUUUGCUUAUGCAAAAUUUCAGGUGACGACAACAGGUGAGGACAUUCAACGACAAUCAGAAAAUUUUAGUUUGAAAAGAGGUGAAUCCGUAUAUUUGCGAGCCUUGCAAUCAUACUAUUGCGAAAUGAAAUUACUGUUAACUUGUGACAAUGAAAUUGUUUGCAGUAAAAUAGUGCCACCUGAUCAAGGGCCUCGUCUGUCAUUUUCAAAUGAUUUCUUUACCACUGGAUGGAAAGUAAUUGAACUAUCAUCAAAGAAACAAACAACAUAUAGCAACUGUAAGUUAGAAAUUUUUGGAUGUUACAAUAAGACAAAACUUGUGAACACUGACAGACCUUGGACAGCAACAUAUCAUGCCACCAUUUCGACUUCGGUUAACAAAAAAAAAGAAACAAAGAACAAUAGCAAUCCAUCAAAUACAGAAGCGGAAAACUGUUCAUGUGUUGGCUUAGUUUCAUUGUAUUUAGGCGUAAGUUUGUUUAUUAUUGCUGUAAUCUAUUAAUUUCAUGGUGUUGGUAUAAAAAGUCAAAAACUGAAACAGUAUUCCUCUUGCGUCCAAUAUUCCAGAUAAAAAAUAUUUGAAUUAAGAAUUUCUAUCGAGUAUAUCAAAAGUCGAAGAGAGGCACUGAUAGAAAAAUGUUAAAAAAAGAACUCCUUUUUUUUCAAUUUGCAUGAUUUCUUUCUCAUUUAAAUAAAGCAGUCAAGCAAUGAUAGCAUUUUAAAAAAUUUCCCCCUUUUCACCCCGCCUAGAAGAAUGUAUACGAUUUUUAUUAGCGCCGUGGUAUUCUCCCCUUAUCCCAUAAAUUUACACCUCUCAUUUUACCAUUUAGACAUUUUUUCAAUUAAUAAUGAUUUUAAUUAUCAAUUUAAUUAAUUACAAUUACUUAUUUUUGUACUGUAUUGUGUAGUGACUGUUAGCUAAUUAAUUAUUUAUGCUAUGUAUUUAUUAGCUAUAUGUAACAAUAGAUCGAAAAUGAACAGAAUUAGAGCAAACCGUGCCUGCGGAAUUUUAGCCAUACACAGAUAAAAACUUUCAAGAAUUUAUUCCUUGCUUAAUGUAAAUUGUUCCGAAGUGGUGUUUUUUUACCACUUAACAUUGUAGAAUGCUACUUUAACAAGUGAAAAAAUAAAUGGGGAGUGGAGAUAAUCAACAGGUAUAGCAAAAUUUCGGGAGAAGUUUGUCUAAGAAUUUUUUAAAUGUUUAUUUGCUCACAUAGAAACAGUAUUUCUGUACACCUCUUUAGUCUCCUCACUCUCCUCUACUGUCUUUUGCAACAUUAUGUUUUGAAUAGAAAUAUGGCUAAAGUUUAAAGUUACACUUCCCUUUCAAGACUUGUUAUAGUUCAGUACAUUUUCUAUCUCAUGAUAAGUAUUAUUUGUAAAUUAUUCUUAACUAAUUAAUUGUACAAUCUGUCUAUAAUAAAUGAAUGUAGGAUCGUAAAAGGUAUUAAAAGUUUGCCGCUUCUUUACACAAAAAACAAACAAUGUUAGUAUAUGAAAAAUUUGGUUGUACUAGUUACCUGAGUAGAUAAAAGUUGGUACUUUUCAAAAUAAUUAAAUGAGACAAAUUCAAAUUCCAGAACCACCUAAAAUCCUACACUCUUUUAUAAACAGUCCGUACAAUAAUAUAGUUCCAAUAAAAGGAAUCAAUUUAUUAUUUUGUAAAUUGAUGACUUAGUAAAAAUUCUGAAACCUGAAACAAGUCAAUUCAUGUUUUUCCUUGCGCAUCAUUUGAUGCAUGUGAUUUUUGUUUAUUUGCUGUAUGAUUGGCACAGCCACCUUAAACUUUUUUUUCAAAUGGAGAUCACAACAAAAAUUUAGAAAUGCAUGUUACAAACAUUAUGCUAUUUGCCCGAAAAAGAACGGUGCAAUAAAUACUCUUCAACUUAUAAAAAAAGUUUUUUUUAUCACGUAGGCUUUGAAAACACGUAUUCAAAAAACAAAUAGUGCGUUGUAUUGUUUUCAAAGUGCUCGUUCAUAUAUAUCAUACAAGGUGUUUACAGUCAUGGGACUGAAACUUAAAAAAGAUGAUAUGAGUGAUAUAAGAAUCCCAAAACGCUAUAAAAAAUAAAAAUUUACAUUACAACAAAAAAAUCAUUCAAUUUUCAGUAUUUGUUUGUGAACUGCUACUUCAACUACAACAUUUACUAUUAGCUUGUGCUUCGCCGUAAGUCCUAAUCAUGACAACGAAUUUAUUAUUUCAGUAAUAGUUGAUCACACAGAGAACCAGCGGAUUUAAAUUCUGAUUAAAUUUAAAGUAAAGUCAAAUGAAAUUAUGACAGUGUCAAAAUUAUAAAGUGAAGUUUUUCAAUGUCGUGGUUACAGUAUUCUUAUUUGUUACAAUUAAAUUUUACUUUAACAAAAAAUCAUUUCAUUGACCCUUAAACCCUGUACCAAUAAUUCGAAGUUAAAUAACAUUCUUAAAAAUAACAAUUCCCUGAGUUUUUUUUCGCAGUUACCUUAUUUCUACACGGUUUUAGUACUAGGUAAAGUUUUGACUCCUAGACCGUAAACAGCCUGUAUAAUAUAACAUAUAUUUAUCAUUUGAUAUAUACUAUAACGUUAUACAUUUGAAAAAAUAUCAGAGAUCAGAGGUGGCUGUGCAAAUUGUGGGCAUUAAAAAACAAAAAUUGACCUGUUUUAGGAUUUUUUACAAAAAUCACAAAUCAACAAAAUAAUGAAACUUUAUUGGCCCUAUACUGUAUGCAUGAAUAAAAUAUCUAUUGUCUAUAAGAACUUCCAGUUUUGUAAAUCUGUUCUAAAAGUCUUUACUCGUAACACAGAAAUAUAUUUUUAACACAAA